GGGCAUCAAGCGGAAUCGGAGCUGAAACAGCUCGCGUAUUAGCUUUGCACGGUGUUCAUGUUGUCAUGGCGGUUAGAAGCUUGUCUUCAGGCAAUGUUGUCAAAGAAGCAAUUUUGAAAGAGACACCUGCUGCUAAAGUUGAUGUCAUGGAGUUGGAUCUGGCUUCUAUGGAAUCAGUCAGAAAGUUUGCUUCUGAAUACAAUUCUCGUGAACUUCCACUGAACCUGCUUAUUAAUAAUGCAGGAGUUAUGGGUACUCCUUUUACAUUAUCGCAAGAUGGUAUUGAGUUGCAGUUUGCAACUAAUCACAUUGGGCAUUUUCUGUUGACACACCUUUUAUUAGAGAACAUGAAGAAUACAGCUCGUGACAGUAAAAUAGAAGGAAGAAUUGUGAAUGUUUCUUCACAGGGGCAUAUGUUUGCUUACAGAGAAGGGAUUCGCUUUGACCGGAUAAACGAGCAAUCAGAAUACUCCUCCCUUGCAGCCUAUGGGCAGUCAAAACUUGCAAACAUUUUGCAUGCAAAUGAACUUGCAAGACGCUUUAAGGAAGAUGGGGUGGAUAUAACUGCAAAUUCUCUUCAUCCAGGAUCAAUUAUCACAAACCUUCUGCGCUACCAUAGUAUCAUUGAUUUUCUUGCUCGCACUCUUGGGAAACUAGUCCUAAAAAAUGCUCAACAGGGAGCAGCAACAACAUGCUAUGUGGCACUGCAUCCUGAUGUGAAGGGAGUGAGUGGAAAAUACUUUGAUAACAGCAAUAUAGGAAAUCCAAGUUCCAAAGCUAAGGAUGCUGAGUUAGCCAAGAAAUUGUGGGAUUUUAGCUUGCAACUCAUCUCAUAGUUUGUUUAUUGAUUUGGCAAGCCUGUGUUGUUUGUAGUAAUAGUAGCUUUGUUGCUACCUAUAUGCUUUGUAAAAUUUCCAAAGAGUAGAUUAAAGUUUCGUUUGGAAUGGCUUCUUUACUGUUUUCUAAAGCAGCUUUUUAUACAUCCCAAAUGAAGCCUAAGGCUUUAUUUGGGACGGCUUUCUUACUGAUUCUUAAACUCGUUUUUUAGUAUAAAUAGUAAGAAAGCUGUCCUAAAGGAAGCCUUAAAUUAAUGGUGGUUUGAAGAUUGAACAGUAUGGAUUCACCUGGAAAUACUAUUCAUGAUUUGCUUA